UGAAAUCUGAGAUAUACUAGCUCCAUACUAAGGUUUCUGCACGAAGGUAGCAAAUGGCCAGCAAGCAACACAGCCACAUUCUGCACGAAGGUAGCAAAUGGCAACACAGCCACAUUAGGUUUCGUAGACACACUGCCGAAGCACAUUCUACCAACUCUCAAAAACUACAACAAAAACAAGCGUGAUGGUUACGGUUGAUGUUUACAUGAAAUCCUUUGGAAUGUUGUGAGAUCCGCUGGCGAUGCAUUUGAACUCUAUUCCCUCCAGGUUGACCUCCUCUGGGUGUCUCCAUUCCACCUCGUUGCCUUUCCUGAUGUUGAACUGGACCACAAAGACAGACACUAUCAUCUCAUUUCCAGAGUAGUGCUUUCUCCUCCGCCCCACCGUCUGUCCCUCCUCUCUCUCCUCCCCACCCGAGAGACCUGACCCACCACUAGUCAGCUCAGCAGAGGUAGAUGGAAACGAGGUGCCGUGGGGCGCCCGCCGUCCAUCUCUCGCACGUGAUAUGGAGACCUGAAUGCCUCCUAGGUCGUCUUCUGGGAGCUCCUCGUCGCUCAGCAGCGGCACUCUCUCCUCCUGCUGUCUCGCCAUCUCUCCUAAUGAGUGUGCAGCAAAAAGCGUUUUGCCGUCAAAAUUAUUCUACUCGGCGUGUAAUUUUAUAGUGGGCGUGGUCAACGUCAUAAGUUGCAGACGACCAAUGAAAUCUCUUGGCGGGUAAUACUGGCGCGUGUGUGUACGUGUACGUGGGGCCGUUUUUAGUAGACUCGACUGUCUAGAAAUCAUGGAGGAUUCGUCUAGAAAACGGAUGAGAACCACUUCCCCUGGCGGACCUGAGGUCCUCCAAACCUCUGACGUCACCUCCCCUCCUCAACCCGCCAUUGCUGAUGACAUCAUCUCUCCCCCACCCAGCUCCCGGCCUCGCAUGGGGAGCUCCCCGGGGCUCCCGCUCUUCUCCUCUCCCCCCACUCACGUUCCGACCUCCGAAAUUGACCUCAGUUCCCCGCUCAAUUUCGGGACCCCCUCGUCUCGGAUAAUGGGAACCCCGGGUGGCAGUCGAGGUACCCCAAUCAGACCCCGGGGUGACAUUGGCCACUCUCGCCGGGUCAGAGAGGUCAACCUCAAUCCAACUGACCCUCCCACGGGAGACCCCUCGUCUGUUGCUGGGGGAACAAGCGAGGCAGCCCCUGAGGCCCACCUCGUUAUCUGGGGCACCGAUGUUAACAUUCAGGAGACGAGGCGAAAGUUUCGAAAGUUUCUAGAGACUUUUAUCGACGAUCUCCCUAGCGACGAAGGGUAUUCCCCCGUUGCCGGGGACAGGUUGGAGCCGUACUACAUGCAGCGACUGGACGAGAUCAACAUGCUGGAGGAGCCAUUCUUGACGGUCAACUGCGAGCACCUGCAUCAGGCGAACUCUGACCUCUACUCCCAGCUGGUCCGCUACCCACAGGAGGUCAUACCGACCUUUGACCUUGCCACCAACGAGUUGUUUGAGAAGCUCUAUCCCGAGACUGUUCUGGCUCACCAGAUCCAGGUGAGGACGUACAACGUGGAGAAGACGAGGAACAUGCGGUCCCUGAACCCAGAGGACAUCGACCAGCUCAUCACCAUAGCUGGCAUGGUCAUCAGGACCUCUCCACUCAUCCCCGAGAUGAGAGAAGCCUUCUUCAGAUGCUAUGUGUGUAAGGAGACCAAGUCGGUGGAGAUAGAUCGCGCAGGAAUUGCCGAGCCAUCAGUCUGCCCCAACUGUCAGACCCUCCACUCCAUGGCUCUCGUCCACAACCGCAGCCUCUUCACCGACAAACAGAUGAUCAAACUGCAGGAGAGCCCAGAUGACAUGCCUCCAGGUCAGACUCCCCAUAAUGUGGCACUCUUGGCCCACCACGACCUAGUGGAUGCUGUACAACCUGGCGACAGAGUUGCAGUGACUGGGAUCUAUAGGGCCACACCCCUGCGAGUGACUCGUCGCCAGCGAGCGGUGAAGGCAGUGUACCGGACGUACGUCGACGUCAUUCACUUCAGGAAGACGGACACUCGGCGACUGAGGGGGAGGGAAGACGAAGAAGAGGAGGAAAAUGGGCCGCGAAGGACGUUCAGUGAGGAGAGGAUAGAGACACUGAAGCAGCUGUCGCGAGCUCCCGACAUCUACGACAGACUUGCCAGAGCCCUCGCCCCCAGUAUUUACGAGAAUGACGACAUCAAGAAAGGGAUUCUCCUCCAGAUGUUUGGAGGUUCGAGGAAGGACUUCCAGAACACUGGUCACGGGAGAUUCAGAGCCGACGUCAACAUCCUCCUCUGUGGAGACCCGGGCACCAGCAAAUCACAACUACUACAGUAUGUUCAUAAUCUGAUGCCACGAGGCCAGUAUACCUCAGGGAAAGGCUCCAGUGCAGUUGGUCUGACAGCCUACGUCACUAGAGACCCUGAGACAAGGCAGCUGGUCCUGCAGACUGGUGCACUGGUACUGAGUGACAAAGGGAUCUGCUCUAUCGAUGAGUUUGACAAGAUGAAUGACAGCACCAGAGCCAUUCUUCAUGAAGUCAUGGAGCAGCAAACCAUCUCCAUAGCCAAGGCUGGAAUCAUCUGUACCCUCAACGCCAAGGACCUCCAUCCUGGCCGCCGCCAACCCCCGCAUGUCUCAGUGGGAUGAGCGAUCGACUGUGGUGGAGAACAUCCAGCUGCCCCACACCCUCCUCAGUCGGUUCGACCUCAUCUUCCUCAUGUUGGACCCACAGGACGAGCAGUUUGACAGACGACUGGCGACUCACCUGGUGUCUCUCUACCACCAGAGCAAGGAGGACGAGGAGAAUGUGUUUAUGCCAUCUCUGUCAGAGGAGGCAGGCCAGGCUCUGAUCCAGGCUUAUGUCGACAUGAGGAAGAUAGGGAGCAGUCGAGGGGCAGUGACAGCCUACCCCAGGCAGCUGGAAUCUCUCAUUCGUUUGGCAGAGGCCCAUGCCAAGAUGAGACUCCACAGAGAGGCUCUCAAGCAGGCGGCCACAGACCCAAAGACAGGUAUCAUAGACGUGGGUAUCCUGACGACGGGAGUAAGCAGCUCGGAGCGCAGUCGACGCCAGCUGCUGGCCAAAGAGCUCCUGAAACUGCUGCAGUCCAAGGCCAAGUCUGGAGCUCAGCUCAAGACACAGGCUGUCCUGGAGAUGAUGCAGGCACAGUCUCAAGUGGUGACGCUAUGAGGAACAUUACGCAAUUCACUAGCAGUUAUCACUAGUCUCAUCAAUACAGCAAAUCUCAGUAUGACUCAUGAAUAACUCAGUCAAUGGUGCCAGUAGUAGGCCUAGACAGUAACUGUUUUGUGACUUCAAAUAAUUCCCCCUCUCCCUCACUGCAGCCGGUGAGUCAGGCUCAGUUUGAGGCGGCUCUGAGGAUUCUGAGAGAUGAAGAUGCCAUCACUGUGACUGGACAGACCAUCAGAGUCUGCUGAACUAUAGUGAUACACUAUGACUAACUAACUACAACGUACUGUGUGAAUUUUAGUAGUAGAGGCAGCAAUGAACGCUGCGAACUUCAUGCAAGUUACCUCUGCUGCGCCAAGUGCGGUAAGGGUCGCACCCAGGCAAGUACGCUAGUAAUCAUAUCAGGACUAAACGUUGGUUUUUCAUGAAU